AUGGGGUGUGCGCCAUCUCACAGUGAAAUAAUCCAACACCUUGCAAAAAACACCUUGAGGCCUCUGAAGAAAUCCGCAGCCCAAGGGUUGGCAGAUAGGACACACACUGAGACCCAAACCCACUCGGUCAGUGGAGGGUCAGGCAACUCUGACAGCGACUCCUUUGAGAAUGGUCAGGAAAAUGCCAUCCAGCUGAGAGGUGAAGAGGACCAGCAUAACACAGAAAGGAGCUAUUGCCAGAGCCUGCCUGACUUGGCAGUGCCUGCUCGAUCACCCAAACUUUACAAUGGAGAAACAAAGAGAGAAGAAUUGGCAGCUGGUACCAAGGUGGCAGUGCCAGAGGUUCCAGUUUCACAGAAGUAUGUACCUUGGGAAUUUGCUGAUCAGAAACAGCACUCACAAAGCGAUAGCAACUCAGCUCAGCAACCCAGGAGAAGCAGGAAACAAAAAUGUCGUCAGGCCCCCAAGCAGGUCAAGAGCACCAAACAGAGGGAAAAGAGUCGUUCUCAAUCAGUGGAUGAAGAGAAAGUAGAUUUUCCCAGCUCCAUGGUUAAUGCCCACCAAGUCGUGUAUGCUUACCUUAACCCCAGCCUUUCCAAAUACGAUGCAGUUUUGCGUUUAAUUGAGCAGGCCGCACAGACUCAAUUCAUCCUCCAGCAGAUGGUGAGCUUCCAGACACUGCGCUUCGAGGAGGUAAACUGCAUCCUACGGGAAAUAGCUGGUGAAGGUGAGAGGCUAGUGAAGGAUGUUGGAGCACAGCUCGCGUGGCCUGCUGGAAUAGGAGCCCCACAAGACCAGCCCGAUCUCCUGCAACAACUGCUGUUGUACACUGUCAACAAGAUGCAGGCAACCAAUGGGACAGUGACCUCCCUGACGACCUCAGCCCUGCAGGAAGCAUGCAGAUACCUGCAUUCAGCCACGGACACUUUCCAGAACAGAUUAAUGGUAAAACAGGGAGUGGAUGAGCGGUUGCAAAAAAUGAUAGUUCAAUUGGAGGCCUGCGCAAGGCAACAACCUCACAGCAAACCCAGGGACACAGCCCUUCAUUCAGAGGAUAGUGGCAUUGGAGGAGAUACUGAUUCCAUGAAAGAAUACUGGAACCCUGAGAAAUGUGGACGGUGUACAAGUUCAGAUUCCAAUGCACAUCUCUUAAGCAGAGAUGCUCAUCAGCACCCUUCAUGUAUACAAGAAACCCUUUCUCACGUAACAGUCUGUACUUCAAAAUCAUAUGAUACUGCAGUCGAUCAUCAAUUUAAAGGCAACUUUUACUCAACUCAUGAGGAGAAAGUAUCAUCCUCUGUGUCAGUCAGUACAUCUCAAUAUGCACAAAUCCAGAAUAGAUCAUUCGGCUCUUUUGAGUCACUAACAAGCACUGAGUGUGAGGCCCUUAUUCGGACAGAGUCAAUGGAUUUCUGCUCCCUGGGUGAAGAUGAAGAAGAAGAAACUAUUUCAGACAUAAUUGUCAAUGGGACACCCCAACGGCCCUGGUCAUCCCCUCCAGAAAGUGAAGCUCUGCGGUCUAUUCCAAAAAGGAUGGACAUCCCAGAGAAUGAAGAAAUGACCAUUAAGAUGAAAGACGCCAUUAGUGGCAAAAUCCAGUUCGUCCCAAUCAACCCGGGGUCAAAUGCUUGGUCAGAUGAAGAGGGCAAAUUGCGUCCAGUCAGACCAAGUACUGCCAAGGGUGGCAAAACUCGUGUUGUCAAAAAGCGGCGAUCAAAGUCCGCUGAGUCACUCAAAAGCAAGGCAGAGGACCCAACCCUGCUGGAGCUUCAGAGAACCCAAAAGGAUCUGAGCAGGCGGCUGGAGAAGAUGCUGCAGCCCAAAAGUGAAAACAGCAAAGGAGGCCUUGAACAGAGGAAGAUGCCAGCAAUGCCAAAGCUGCCAACCAGUCUGCCUGGCACAGGCCAGACAGUGCCUAGCAACAAGCUGAAAGCCUCCCUCCACAGCAACUUCAGUAUUCUGCCCAGUCAAGAGAAAAUGCACCUCAGGAAAAUCCCUGCUGGGUCAUGCUACCAGACCCAGACCCAAAACCAAACUGAGACUCAAAGCCAGGCGCUGCAGACACAGAAUCAGAACCACACCCAGGCCCAGGCCCAAGACCAAAUCCAGAACCAUGCUCACAUGCAGUCUGAGGACCAAGCUCAGGAUCAGAGCCAGGAGUCCCAGACCCAGACCCAGACUGUGGCUCAGGUUCUUGCUGAAGAAAAGCAAGUGGCUUCCUGUCCUACUGCCAUUCGCAAGCAGCGGACAGGAGUGCAGGAACUGAUUACCACCUUCAGCCAGAGAAGUGCUGGCCUAACAACCAGCGAUGCUCCUCUCCCUCCCCCGACUCUCGGGCUGGGACAGGCCCCGGCCCCAGCAGGAACCGGUGGGAGAGGUCCCUUCACCAGCGGCUCCCGCAAGCUGCAGGCUGGCGACCAACCCUGGCCACAAUACAAAAUCAUUAACCUCCGUUACGCUGGGGCCUCUUGCAGCCCCCAGGAAAACAGAACGACCGAGUGCUCUCCCAAGCCCAGCAGACCAGGGCCCUCCACUGGGAAAGAGGCCGAGGCCAAUUCAUCCAUCGAUGAAGCAGCAGCUCCAGCCAAACUCUCCCAACACUUCUCCUCCUCCCAAUCCUGCCGGGCCGCACCGGGAAGCCCAGCUCCCAAUCCUUCAACCCCCACCUCGAGGAAGGCCUUCCUCACCACCACCCUGCCGUCCCGAAAUCUCUACCUACCGGCAGGUUACACCACACCCUCUGCCUCCGGAAAGAGAUGGCCAAACAUGAUCAGGGGCUCCGAGCAGCCGAACCUACCCGCCGCUCAGGACGAACUGAGCUCCCUGGUUAGCCCUCCUCCUGUGUCCAUUAAACCGCCUGGCCUCGCGACAGGCAUUCUCCCGCCCAGCCUUGUGAUGGGCACUCUCCCGCCCGGACGCCCGAUCCAUCACCAACCGCCCAGUCCCCCGGUCCAUCGUCAACUGCCAAGUCCCCCGGUCCAUCGUCAAACCCCGAGUCCCCCAGUCCAUCGCCAACCGCCCAGUCCCCCGGUCCAUCGUCAAACCCUGAGUCCCCCAGUCCAUCGCCAAUCGCCCAGUCCCCCGGUCCAUCGUCAAACCCCGAGUCCCCCAGUCCAUCGCCAAUCGCCCAGUCCCCCGGUCCAUCGUCAACUGCCAAGUCCCCCAGUCCGUCGCCAACUGCCGAGUCCCCCGGUCCAUCGUCAAACCCCGAGUCCCCCAGACCAUCGCCAACCGCCGAGUCCCCCGGUCCAUCGUCAACCUCCCAGUCCCCCUGUCCGUCGCCAACUGCCCAGUCCCCCGGUCCAUCGCCAACCGCCGAGUCCCCCGGUCUAUCGUCAAACCCCGAGUCCCCCCGUCCAUCACCAACUGCCCAGUCCCCCAGCAGUGAUCAACAGCAUUCCUCCGCAAAAAAGACCCCUUGACCGCCCAGAGAAACCUGGAUCCAACGCCUCAUCCAUCUUCUGCCCGCUCUCCGACUCUAUUUUUGAAUCCCAGCCGCCUUCUCCACUAGUGGACAGAGUGAAUACAGUAGCUCAACCGCAAAGCAUCAUUCCGGGGGACAUCAGCCCACUCACAUCUAGAGUUGCAUGGAAGAAUAAUUUCACAGUCAGGCAACCGAGCGACAGGCCGAGAAGGUUGGCCUUGAGUGGUGUCCACCCACAACCUUUUGUGAAGAAGAAUCACCUUCUUGACUUUAAAUCUGGGAUUCAGAACCGACUCUCUGCAACUAGUUCAGCUACAAGUGAACCCACUCUACAGAGCAUUGGUUUAGAUGGGAACUUUGAGAAAGAUGAUGAUCCAUGGACAAGGCGUUGUAUGUCAGAGAUGAGAGGGGCUAGCCGAUCGAUCUCCCACCCAGAACUGUGUAUCGUUGGCCAGGGGCUUCAAUGA